AAACGUCAUAAUUUCCCUUACUCUAUGGACACAUUUGGUAAAGUAAAACACGAAUGGCCAAGCCUAUUUUUUCGAUUUAGUGUUAUACGCUAUUGUUUUUUAUUAUUAUUUUAAUCCUAAAUAUCAGAUUACAAUCAUGGUUGUUAAAGUAUACAUUAGUGGUAUUUCUGGAAACAAGGAGGUGAAAAAGAGACAACAACGUGUCAUGAUGAUAUUGGAUUCUAAAAACAUUAAAUAUGACAUCAUUGACAUCACGGAACCGGGAAGGGAAGCGGAUAAAGACUUUAUGCAAAACAAAUCGACAUCGAACGGAGGGACCGUGAGCGACCCCAACCCGCGGUCCCCGCUGCCUCCGCAGAUCUUCAACGACGAGGAGUACUGCGGGGAUUAUGACCAGUUUGACAUGGCAAAUGAAGUGGAUACACUGGAGGUAUUCUUGAAAGUGGAGCUUCCUCCAGAAGAGCCGCCAGCAGCGGAAGAAAAGGUUGUGAAUGGGGAUGCUGAGAAAAUUGAGAAUGGAGAUAGUAAGGCCUCCAAGGAGAACUCACAGGAAAGGGAUACCAAAUCUGCAGAAAAAGAGGGUGCACCAAAGGAAGGAUCACAAGAGAAAGAAACACCCUCAGCCAAGGAUGGAACUGCUUCAAAAGAAGGAACACCAGCACCUAAAUCUAAAGAAGGUACUCCUGCUCCCAAGUCUAAAGAAGGUACUCCUGCUCCCAAGUCUAAAGAAGGUACACCAGCACCUAAGUCUAAGGAAGGUACUCCUGCCCCUAAAUCUAAGGAAGGUACACCUGCCCCCAAGUCUAAAGAAGGUACACCAGCACCUAAGUCUAAAGAAGGUACUCCUGCCCCUAAAUCUAAGGAAGGUACACCUGCCCCCAAGUCUAAAGAAGGUGCACCAGCACCUAAGUCUAAAGAAGGUACACCUGCCCCCAAGUCCAAGGAAGGUACACCAGCACCCAAGUCUAAAGAAGGUACUCCUGCCCCUAAGUCUAAGGAAGGUACACCUGCUGCAGAUGCCUCGAGGGAAGCUUCACAAGAAAGACAAUCUGUUGAAAAGGAGGCACCAGUUGAAGAAACAAAGGCAUCUGAUGUGGAGUCUGCAGUUAAAUCCUCAAAAGAAAGUACACCGCAAAGGGAAAAUGGUUCUGUGGGGUCUCGUGAACAAUCUCAAGAUAAAGAUGAGGGUGUGGUGAAGAAGACUAACCCUUCUGAGGCUUUGAUCGAGAGUGAGCAGGCGGCCGCUGCGGAGUGAAUGACUGGUUAUAUUUACUGCUUCUCAGCUCAAAUUAAGCCCCUCUUAGCACUAAGCGAGCGUAUCCAUUAAGUCUAUUCUGUUAUUUAUGGUGCAUCAUUCACUUCUUUGGCAUAAUUUAGUCAUUGUAUAUAAUGCGAAGAAGUUUUCGUUGAGAACUUGUGUUGUGGCGAUGUAUAGAGUAUCAUGUUAACAAUGAAGUGGCCUAUUAUCGUAAUCAUUAGAUUUAUAACUCAUUUUAAUGAAGUUAAUCAUUAAGAAAUCUAUUUAACAAAUUUAUCCUUCAAUUAAGGCUUGUAUUAUUUUAAAGUAUUAAUAUUUCUUUUUUAUUUUUACACAUUAACUAAAAAUGGAUUUGUAUUCAAAUUUUAAAAAUAUUUUAUUUACUGAUGUAAGUAUUUUACUAAUAAGAUUGAUCUUUUAUUAGGAUUUUAGGUAUCCUUUUUGUAAGACAUCCUGCCGAUUUUUAAGUUCAUUCGUCUUGCCAUGAUUAUAUUGACGAUGACAUUUUGCUAGAGUAUUAAAUAAUGUAUUUAUAAAGUAAAAAAUGCAGUGUUUAUUUUGCAAAAACUGUUCAUGACAAGAUUAUUUCAUUAAUGUUUUAUUAUUAAAGACAGUUUUUAACUAAUUUUUCAUAUGAAUUAUAUAAAUUACUAUAUA